AUGUUAGGCAUUGCGCCAUCGAUAUUUAUAUGUAUGAACACUGUCACAUUUGUUUUGAGUUUAAUUGGUAAUAUAUCUGUGUUAGUGUUAUUGUGGAGAAAUUUACAUCUACGGGAUGUAGACACUGUGCUUCAUGUCAGUCUAGCAAUUACUGCUUUGCUCUUCUGUAAUGUCUGUGGAAUUCAGUGGAUUUUCUUUUUUGCCGAUUUGCCUACCAGUUUUGAUGUUAUCUGCUCCUUUUGUCCAUUUUUCAAUUGGGCUAAUAUCUUAUUGUUAGCUUUUCUGUUGGUAUGGCGAUCUGUAAGAUUUCUUAAGAAGGACUGGAUGCAGAGUAAGAAGAAUGGAUACGUAGCUGUGGUAAUUACGGUGGCAAUCGGUGUAACAUGUUUCGUCAUUUUAUUUCUGACGGGGAAAAAUCGAUGUCAAUUCAAUUCCGAGAUUCAAAGCACUCGAUUUUUCUUGGCAGUGGUAAUUAGAGAGACAACCCUCAUCUUGGCUUUUGUUUUUACACAAUCUGUACAAUUCUAUCGAAUCUAUUCCAACUAUAAACAUUUAGCGUUGGGUAAAAAGAAACGAGUUAUAUUCCUGAGAAGAGAAAAACCUGCUAUUAUUGGAUCCAUCAUUCUGAUGUCGAUUUUUCUUACACCAAGAAUUAUAACUUUGAGUAUAUAUUCUCAUUAUGUAGUUUAUGAGAACAUUUCAUCCUCUGUGUUCGAAUUUUUGAGAAAUUUCAAUCAAAUUCCACCAGCAUUAUAUCCAUACGCUGUUGUGUUGAUGACCCGACAAUUUCGACCAGAGUUUGUGGCAAUGCUAAAGUGUGUGUCAAAAAAAUCGUCGAAGAUAUUCAUCAUGAAGCCUAAGUUUGAGGAAAAGAUGGAAAAGAUGGAAAAUAUGGCGUGUGACAACAAACGAGUGGAUUCGUCAAAAGAAGAAAAUGGAUUUCACGAUCUAGAUACAGUGGCGGUUAAGAGUAUUAGUUCUGGAUCUUUGGUGACUUUCCCGGCCACUUCUGGACAAAUGAAUCCAAGCGGUGUUCAUGUUUACUCUAGCGGAAUCCGGUGA